AUGCUUGGUGUUGUUCAAGGUUGGAAGUGCCCACCACAAAUUGUUGACUUCAUCUCAAGUUUAGGGUGGAGUGCAAACAAUGAAUCUUUUGGUAAACUUGAUUAUGGUAAAGUUGAUUUCACAAGCUCCAAAUAUACUAUACUUUCUUAUAUGCUUCCGAUCAAGCUUGGAAAAUCGCUUUACAGUAAUGUGAGAGAACUUGUUGAAAAUGAAUUUGAUUCUGCAGGGUCCAUUGGGGAGAUUCCAUUGGUCGAAAUAACAAUUCCUGUGUUGGAGAAGAAUGAAGUAAACCAUGUGAAUGCAAUAAGUGAAGAAGAAGAAGAAGAAGAAGGAGAACAAGUGGCAGGUUCAAUUAAAAUAUCUCAACUUUCACAAAGAAGAAGCAAGAGAUCUUUUUCAUUGUCUAAAAUAGAAGCGCUUGUGGAAGCUGUUGAGACCCUUGGAGAUGGAACAUGGCGUGAUGUUAAAAUGCAUGCUUUUGAUGAUGCAAACCAUCGAACUUAUGUGGACUUGAAGGAUAAAUGGAAAACUUUGGUUCACACAGCAAGCAUUUCACCUCAACAAAGAAGGGGAUAG